AUGAGAAAUAACACAGCUGUGACUGAAUUUAUCCUCUUGGGAUUUUCUACAAAUCAAAAUAUGCACAUUUUGCAUUCAAUGCUCUUCUCAUUCAUUUACUUGUGGGCCCUGAUUGGGAAUGUCCUCAUUAUCAUGAUCACAACUUUGGACCAGCACCUUCAUACACCCAUGUACUUCUUUCUGAAGAAUUUAUCAUUCUUGGAUCUCUGUCUCAUUUCAGUUACAAUCCCCAAAUCCAUUUUUAACUCCUUGACCCACAACAACACAAUCUCCUUCCUUGACUGUGUCACCCAGGUCUUUCUGGUGACUUUAUUGGCAAUUGCAGAGGUGUUCCUCCUAACAGUGAUGUCCUUUGACCGCUACGCUGCCAUCUGCCAUCCUCUGCACUAUGAAGUCAUCAUGAACAUGAGCAUGUGUGUGUGGAUGGCAGCUGUAUCUUGGGUGGGUGGAAGUCUGGCUGCUGUGAUGCACACAGCUGGUACCUUCUCCUUAUCCUUCUGUGGAUCCAAUGUGGUCCAUCAGUUCUUCUGUGAUAUCCCCCAUUUAUUAGCUAUAUCUUGUUCAGAAAAUUUAAUGAGAGAAAUUGUGCCCAUCCUCAUCAGUGUGGUUUUGGAUAUCUGCUGUUUUAUUUUCAUCAUCAUUUCCUAUGUCUACAUCUUCUGCACUGUCAAGAAGAUUCCAUCAACAGAAGGCCAGUCAAAAGCCUACUCCACAUGUCUUCCACAUCUGGUGGUGGUUGUAUUAUUUCUGUCCACAAUCUUCAUUGCUCAUCUAAAGCCAACAUCAAAGUCCCCUUCUAUUUCUGACCUUGUAAUUUCUGUGUUCUACACUGUGGUACCCCCAACCUUGAAUCCCAUCAUAUACAGUCUAAGAAACAAAGCCAUGAAGUUGGCUUUGGGCAUGUUGGUGGAGGGAAAGAUCAUCAAAAAGUAA